GUCAAACCUCCGUCGGUAAAGAAGAGGAGCUGCUGCAACGGAAGGUUAAAUAAAGUAUGUGCUGUGUGUCCAGAUGAUGAAGAGUAAAGCAGACGAGGAAGACUACUGGAACAGCUCCAAGUUUAAAGCCUUCACCUUCGAUGAUGAAGAUGACGAGUUCAGCAGGUUAAAGGAGUCGCGGCAGGCGGUGAACAGCAUCCGGCGCCUGGUGGAGGAUGAGGAUGAUGAUGAUGAUGAUGAGGUGGUGAAGGUCAGCUGGAGCGGGGAACCUGUCGGGAGUAUCUCCUGGUCUGUCAGUGAGACAGCAGCGUCCAAUCAGAGGACAGACAGAGAGCCCGCCUUCCCCAAAAUCAGCACAGAGACAACGACGCUCAGCAAGAGUAACUCAGGGUACUCUCUGAGCUCUCUGUUCAAAGGAAAAACUAAAGGAGGGAACUUCCAGUCGUUCACUGACUCGUUCAGUGACUCGUCGGUUCGACUCUACGCUCCUGAACUCCGAAAACCCAAAUCUGAGUACAAGGAUUAUGUCAGUGAUUGGUCGCCUGAGGAGACAGUCCACAGGAUGCAGCAGGGAAAGGUUGUAUCUCUGGAGAAGUUUCGGUCUCUUCAGGACAAACUGCUGCUGCUGGAUUACGCCGUCAGCGCACACGAUGGAAACGUCAUCACUGCUGUGUUAAUUUAUUUGAAGAGGACUCUGAGUAAAGAGGUUUUGUUUCGGGAGCUGGAGUCCAGACAGACGGCUCUGAGACACUUCAUCCACUAUCUGACUGAAACCAAAGACCAGAGGCUGCUGCUGGAGCUGCUCAGAGCUCUGGGCAGGACAGAGGACGCAGCGCUGCUGCAGUACAAAGAACACCUGAGCAUUGCAGACGAAAACAAGAGGCGGGACUUCCUGAAGACCUGCAUCAGUCUUCCGUUUUCUCCGGAGGACUCUGCUCAUGUUCAGGAUCACUACACUCUGCUGGAGAGACAGAUCAUCAUCGAGGCAACUGACCGGCAGGCUGAGCGCGGAGGGAAGGUGGAAAUCUUCCAGAAGUUUCCUAGAAGAGCUUCGAUUCUCAACAUGCCGCUGAUCACCACCCUGUACUACUGCUGCUUCUAUCACUACACAGAGUCUGAGGGAACCUACAGCAGUCCACUGAACAUCCGUCAGACCUUUAAGCUUUCGGAGAAGCAGUACUUUGUGACGGCGUUGGCGGCGCGGGCGAAGCUGAAGGCGUGGUUGGACGUAGAUGCUCUAUUCACCAGCAGGAACUGGCUCGGCUUCACCAAGAAGAAGUCACCCCUCAGCUUCCAACGAGUUGUCGACAUCCUGCAGAAAAACUCCGCCCCCACACAGGUGCUGCAGGACUACGUGGCGCUGGUUGAUGAUGCGGAGCUGAGGAUCACUUUGGCUCAGAAACAUAAAUGUCACGACAUCGUCAUCAACACGUACCGGGACCUGAAGGACCGGCAGCAGUUGCUAGGAUACCGGGCGAAGGUGGAGAGAGGGUCGGCGGAGGAGAGGAAGAUUGAUGAGCUGCUCAACAACCAGGUGAGGAGGAGGAGUCAUCUUCAUCGUCUUCCUCCUGUGACCUGUCUCACGUCUUUUCUUCUUCUCUUUCAGCAAAUCCGGUGGAAGAACUGAACGUUUAACUAAAGAUUUUUACUUUGAAAGAAAAGAGGCUGUUUCCUGUGCGAAGAGAUGAGCCGUCACCGUGACAACAGGAACGUCCUGUCAGAUCACGCCCGCUUCAUCCUCAUUGGUCGCAGAGAGGAGUGUUCAGAUUGUCCCCGCCCACAGAACUCUGGGUGGGUGGGGUUUAUAUUUCUGCUGAGUCAUCUCAGAGCCAUCACAGAGUCAUUGGCGAGUCAGCGACAAGACAUCACAGAGUUAUUGCCGAGUCGUCGCUUCAACAUUCCUAAAACAAUAAAGUCAUUUAAAAAUGUGAA